AUGAAUAAAAAAUUACAAUUAAUCACUUUUCAAAAUUACACUCUAAUAAACUAUCUUAAAGUUUUUCAAAAGAAAUUAGGCUUAGAAAAUACAGAGAUCUCACCUUCGAUCAAUUAACCAAAUGGAAAAUUAGAAUAGUUUGGUGACGACAUUCAGGUAUAUUCACAAUAUGAUUCUUCAAAUUUGCUUUUUGUAACAGCUGAUCAAGAUUGCAUAAAUAUUUUAUUAAAUAGUGACUCAAACACUAAUGGAUGCACUUAAUGGUUUAAUUUCUAGAUUAAAUCAUUAAAAGUUGGAUUAACCAUAAAAUUUAAAAUAUUAAAUAAUAGAAGAAGUAAGUAAUUAUUAACUUCCUGUAAUUUUUAUACUUCCAAAAAUGCAUGUUUUGAUGUUCACUAUUAUAAAACAAAUAUAAAUCAUCCAUUUUAUGCAAAUGAGGAUGCAAGCAUUGCUUAAUAUUAAAAAUAAAUAUAAUUUUAUACUUUAGAGUUUAAAUAUACAUUUUAAGACCAAGAAUUUAUCACAUUUGCAUAUGCUGAACCAUAUCCAUUAAAUAGAGUUCUUUAAUUGAAGGAUUAUACAGUAAUAGGAUAUACACAAUUAAAUAAUCCAAUCAUAAGAAUUAAAAGAGGAAAAGCUAAGAAAUAUGUUGUAAUUCUUGCAAGAUAGCAUCCAUGCGAAACCAGUGGAUCAUUCAUAGCAGAAGAAUUGAUAAAAAUAAUUAAUUCUACAUAAUAUAGAUACAUAAUAUAUCCAAUGAUAAAUCCAGAUGGAGUUUUUCUUGGGAAUAGCAGAUGUAAUAAAAAUGGUAUUGACUUAAAUAGAAAAUGGAUUAAUCCAUCUCAAUAAGAAGAACCAGAAUUAUAUUAUAUUAAAUAGUCUUUGACAAAAUAUUAAUAAAGAAUAAAAUUUAUGAUUGAUUUGCAUGGUCAUUCUACUAAAUAAAAUUACUUUAUUUAUGGAUGUUCUAAUAAUUCAAAUUGUAAUUCAAAAAUCAAAAAUUUUGUAAAACAAUUUAUGAAUUGCAAACAUUUUAGUUUAAAAGAUUGUUCUUUUGCUACCUAAAUUAGUCGAAAAUGUACAGCUAGAUAAACAUUUUGGUCAGAAUUUAAUAUUUAAUAUUCUAUGACAAUAGAAAUUAGUCUUUUUGGAUCAAAAUAAGGAUAAUUAAAAGGAAGGUUUAGUAGUUUAGAAUAUUCAGAGAUUGCUUUAUAAAUAUAUAAUUCAAUUGAAUAAUUUUAUGAAGACAAUAUUGAUUUGAUAAAAUUACCUUAAAUUGAGUGUUUAAAUGAAAGUUAUGAAUCAGAAAGUGAAUAUGAAUAAGAUAUUGUGAAUGUGGGUAUUGUACAAAAGUAAUAAUAAAAAUAUAGAAGUGUUGAGAAAUAAAAUUAAAAAUCUUAAAAUGUUAAGAAGGAGGAAGAUGUUGUUUAAUAAAAAUAAUAAAUAUUACCUAAGAUAAGAAUAUCAAAGGUAAUGAGUAAAUCAGAACAUAGAGCCUCAUCUAUUUUUGAAAUAGAUAAUUCGUUUGUUUUUAGAUUAGAAUAAUAUUAAAAUAAUUUUAAUGUAAUAAAGUAUUUUCCAUAAAGGAAUGUCUAUCCAAAAAGAAUGAGUUGUAUAAAUAAAAAUUAAAAUAAGAGUGCAACAAUAGAUAUAGAAUAGUUGAAAAAAUGUUUAAUAUUAUGA